CCAGAUGCAUGCGCUCAAAACAAACAAACAAAUAAAUAAAUAAAAUAAUUACAAAAAAAAAUCACAACCAAACAUGAACGAUGUCUCGGAGCCGUCUCAUUGGAUAGACCGUUAGAGGGGCGGGACUCUGAUAACAAUGCUAGAGCCAUGAAUUGUUCAGAAAACGUCAGUCAUUGGGAUCCCCCUCCUUCCUGACAAGGGAAGGGUGAUGGCCCAGCCAGCCCGGCCUGGACAGCUCCAGCUGCCUAAACAGAAUACGUAGGAGGAGGAGAGGGCUCGGACAUGGGGAUAAUCAGCACUGGCCCGUCUGAUCGAGAUCGGUAAUUUUUUUUUUUUUUUUUUGAAAAAACCGAGAGGCCUUAGGAAACAAUCAUCCCGUCUCUGGCACAAAAUCUGCAAAUACAUAUAUGUAUAAAAUACAUCGAUGAGCUGAAUGAAGACUGCAUACAACGCCUAUAGAUGUCUGGCCAAGGACCUGGAUGCCUACGCCAUGGAGCCAGAAAUGACAAUGGACAGCAUUGGCAGUCUGCACGGUGGGCUAAGCCAUGACCAGGAUCUGAUGAGCAAUCAGAGUCCGCAUCACGAUCGGAGCGCCGGGGCUUUGCGGUUACAUCAGGAUCUAGCGGCAGCCUCUUCCCGAGCUGCGAUGGUGUCCAGCAUGGCUUCUAUUUUGGAUGGGGCAGGGGAGUACCGUCCGGAUCUGUCGCUGCCGCUGCACCACGCGAUGAGCAUGCCGUGCGAAACGUCCCCGCCUGGGAUGGGAAUGAGCAGCACCUACACAACACUGACUCCACUCCAACCUCUGCCCCCGAUUUCCACCGUUUCGGAGAAAUUCCACCAUCCGCACCAUCACCACCACCACCACCACCACCAGCGCCUCUCCGGGAAUGUGAGCGGGAGCUUCACUCUGAUGCGGGAUGAAAGAGGUCUACCAGCAAUGAACAGCCUCUACAGCCCCUACCAUAAGGACAUGACGGGGAUGGGUCAGAGUCUGUCCCCUCUGCCCACCAGUCCUCUCGGCAGCGGCCUUGGCUCCGUCCACAACACCCAGCCAAGUCUUCAAAACUAUAGCACGCACGGGCACGACAAAAUCCUAAGCUCCACUUUCGAUGCCCACACUGCCAUGCUGGCCAGAGGGGAUCAGCACCUCUCCCGGAGCCUUGGUAGCCCCACGGCGGGGAUGAUGCCGCAUUUGAACGGCGUGCACCACGGCGGGAAUCAGGGCCAUGCUCAAUCCCACGGGCCCCUGUUGGCCUCCGGCCGGGACCGACCACCCUCCUCCUCCGGAACGCAGGGUACCAACUCGGGGCAGCUUGAAGAGAUAAAUACCAAAGAGGUGGCACAGAGGAUCACAGCGGAGUUGAAGCGCUAUAGCAUCCCGCAAGCCAUUUUUGCUCAGCGCAUCCUCUGUCGUUCACAGGGCACCCUGUCCGAUCUCUUGCGGAAUCCAAAACCGUGGAGCAAACUUAAAUCGGGAAGGGAGACCUUCAGGCGCAUGUGGAAGUGGCUGCAGGAGCCCGAGUUUCAAAGGAUGUCGGCUUUACGGCUGGCAGGAGAAUUCUGUAAGCAAGACGAGGCAUCAGAGCGACUUAUGUAUUCUGCAUGCAAGCGCAAAGAGCAGGACCCAAACAAAGACAGAGGCAACACACCAAAGAAAUCCCGCCUGGUUUUCACAGACCUCCAGCGACGCACCCUAGUGGCCAUCUUCAGGGAGAACAAGCGGCCGUCCAAGGAAAUGCAGCUCACCAUCUCGCAGCAGCUGGGGUUGGAGAUCAGCACUGUCAGCAAUUUUUUUAUGAAUGCCAGAAGGCGGAGCCUGGACAAGUGGGUGGAUGAGGGUAGCCCUGGGGCAGCUUCCUCCACCUCCAGCACCUGCACCAAAGCGUGACUGGGGGACUAGGGUGAUGAGGGUUGGCUGGGAUAGGAGUACCAAAGAGUGAUUGGCAGAUCGGGCCAGUGGGGCCGGCCCUGGAAGUGGAGUUCCGAAUUGUGAUUGGGGGAUGGAGGUUUGUGGGCGGGGUCUGUCCUCCAGGAAAGGGCGCUUCCUUGAGAUCUUUAAUUUUGCUUUUUUUCUAAGUAUGAGAAAGGAAAAAAGGGCUGUUUACUGGCAAGAGGAACGAAUUGCUACAAAGUUCUUGAAUCCAUUCAUCCAGAGUCAGGAUGUACCAAAGCGAUAUACAUUCACUAUAACCCGUGAGGGACUGUGAUCCAGUGAUGCCGUCAGAUCUGUUUGUUAUGUUUUCUUUCUGUCGAUUAUUGAGUGAUUAUUAUCUUUAUUUGAAAAAAAAAAAAAAUGUUACACAAAUUUGGAAGAAAUCGGGUAAGGACCACUACACUCAAAGGCUAUAGUAAGGAUGCAGUGAUGUCAAAGUCACGAUGCAGCAACAUCUGGAGAACAUGGUAGAGGAUAGGACCAGACCUCAGGUCAGUGCUGUUUCAUCCUCUGAAUGCUUUCAGAUUGGAUAUUUAAGGAAGAGGCCUACUUGUGUUGCUUUUUGCACACAUCGCUUGAUUCAGUGUUGUUGGUGACACUUUGACCUUUAUGCGCCCUGAUCUAACAUUCUGGAGCGUUGUCUGCCAGCAGCAAUUUCAAUUUUUUUCUCCAUUCUCUAGGCCUGAAUAACAAAUUUAAAUAUCUAGUAAAUCAAUGCAAUUUAUGACGAUAGUUGGUUUUUAUAUGCCCCCAUAGUUCAAUUGUUAACUCACAACUUCUCACAAUCGAAACGAACAAACCAAAAACUUCGUCAGUGUUAAUAGAAGAGAUAUGUCAUAAUGACUCGAAUAUACAACAGUUCGUCAUAGCAAACCUUGACCUGUGGUCUUAGCUUAGGUCUUACUUUGAAAGGACGCUGUGGUGAUAGAGACCUGAGCAGGUGGCUUUGUGGGGGGGUAGGGUGGCAAGGUCCUGGCUGGGCGAGCUUCACAGAUAAUAACGAGGACUUGGCAACUAACAGCCCCCUACAGUGAGCACAAGUAAGAAGCACAUUUCCUCCACAGCAGAACACUGCUCUCCGUAUGUUACCCAACUCAGGAUGUCACUUUUGUAGAGUAGAUGAACAAUCUAAUACCCGCCUCCUCCAAUAAGCUGGGGUUCUCCUGUUCGGGAUUUCAUUUAAUCACAAUAUUCCAGUUUAGGCGUGUAUAGCUUCCUGAAACUAUUACGCUUUCUUUCAGUCCAGCACAAGCCGUAGACUGACCUACCCCCCCCCCCCCCCCCCCCAACUGUGUCAACAAAGCCUCAUGCUGGAGUCUUUUGAUCACAAGUACAGCGUCUUUCAUGAAUUUAGUUAGAUGUGCUGCCGUACCACAGAGUUGAGGUUCGAGCCAAUAAGCAGCCCUUUUCGGUGACGUGGAAGGAAGCCGAAGGCUCAGGAGGUUCUUUAUGGGCCGCUAGACUUUACUAUUUAUUGACCAUUUGAAACCAAAGAGACUUUCUUUUUUUGUUUUUUGUUUUUUUGUUGUUCGGCACCUAAAUCCUCUGCAGCUUUUCCAAAGAACAAAAGUAGUAACCGUAACGACCAUGAUGAAGUUGAUAAGUGCAAGAACGGGUUAUUGGCGAAGGAUGUUCGUGUGUGUGUGUGUGUGUGUGUGUGUGUGUACGUGUGUAUGUGUGUGUGUGUGUGUGUGUGUCUGGGUGUUGGUGAUCUUGGUGGGGGUGGGGGGAGGGGGGGGGUUAUUUUCUAAGGCGCAGACAGGGACCAAAAUGGGUACCACACGUAGGGGAGGGUCGCCAUAACGACACCUGCUUCCCAAGACAGAGAAUGAAGUCUCUCAAAGUGGGAGAUUGUCCUAUACGUGUGCCUAUGCAGAAACACACAACAAGAACCUCAUCAGCUACAGCACCAAAGACUCAUGCAUAUUCCUGCAGAAGCCCCAUUCCCCACUUAAUGGUUACCCUUUUUUAUAUAGUUUAGUCCCGUUUGCUAUUAUUUCAAAAUAGUUCUUUUCAGAAGCUAAACCAAAAAAAAAAAAAAAGCAUCAAAACCAAAGAAUGUCUGCAUAUAUGUGAAUAUUUGAUUCUCCAUUUUAUCUCGAAUUACAUGUACACUGUAUAUUUUUAUUUAACCUGUGUUUGGAAGCAUAUUGAACGAGGUUUCUUUCAAACAUGGGGGCCACUCAGAUUCAGUGAGACGAAGUGUCGAAGACACCGUGAACAAUGUGUGUUGUUUAGUGUAACCACAGGAACAAACUCUAGACCAAAGAUUCUUGUCUGGGAUGAGCCCUUUUAAAAUGUCACGGGCUUACUGUCAUUCUGUUAUACUGCCCGGAGACAUGGCUUUAAAGCAAAACGAAGCAGUGUUGCAAUGUUGAUGUAAAAUGCUGCAUGACACCAAAGACAAAGGCCAUCUCUUUCAUCAGGCUCGUACGUUUUAGCCUCUACGGUAUUAGGACUGUAUCAGGGUCACAAACUCUGCACCAUCUCACCCGCUUCUGCUCUGCUUUUGGUAUCCAUGGCUGCUCAGAGCACCACACUGGGACUAGAGUAACACUGCGACCUUCCGCUGAAUCCCUGUUCUCAUGCUUGUAAAGCAGAACAAAAAUUUUGAUGGCAGGUAGUCACUAUAAGAACAAUUCAAAGCCACUGAACAGCAUACUGUUUCACUCACUAAAGCCAAAUGGCCUGGAUGAUGUGUGAGAUGUGCCUGCCCAAGGGUGGUUCAUAUCUAGGUUAAGGGUGUGCGAGUAGGGCUGCAGUCUGAGUUAUUUUAAAAAUGUGUCUACAGAGAGUGGUCUAUGUAUGGGUGAUAUUACGAACAUGUUUGGAAAUCUGUGGGUGAUACAAAGAAUGGGUCUGCAGAGGGUGGUCUAUGUGGAUGAUGUCUACGUGGUCUUAAAGAAGUGUGGUCUACGUCUGAAUGAUGCUGAGAAGACCUUGGUAAUAACCGCACCCACAGAUGGAAUUUAAAGGAUGCACAUUAGACCCUGUGUGGGAGACACAUGACAUGCCCAGGUAGCAUGUGAUAGGUCCGGAUUAUGUGUCAUACCUGGGUCACAUGACACCCAGAGCUAUGGAAAGAAAGAUGGCUCUCAUACGCUUGCUUCACUGUAUGCAAAGGUAAAAUCAGUCAACUUCAGUGCAAAAAUCAUAGAAAUUUUAUAAUGUGCGUUUGUUUGACUUUCAACAAUGUAUGAUGAAAUUUACAUUUUAAUUUUAAUGUAACCUUAAUUUAAGAUGCCAAAUGUUGUUGAGUUUACAUGGUUUGUUUUCUUUGUUUUAAUUGUACUUAUUUAUUUAUGACCAAGCUGUGUUCUAUUUAAUUUUAUUUAAUUAGUUGUAAUUUGGGUAAAUAUUUAUGGGUAUUUAUUAUUGCACAUUAAAGAUAUAGUGCUUCUGUCCCUCUUAAUUUAUGAACAUUUUGGUUUGCUUUAAAAAGCUUAAAAACGUGUACUUUUUUGAAGAAUGACUUCAAAACCAAAGCAUAAAUAUGAUCAAUGUAUAAAUGACGCAUAGAAAAAGCUUAGAUCAUUGAUUUCUACUGUGAUUUUAAAAAUAUAAUUUAAAUAAUGUAGGUUGUUUAAACAUUUCUUUGCCUUUGAUGUGGGGAAUGGAGACUUACCUUCGAUUUCUCGGGCUGAUAAAAAAAAAAAAAACAAUUUGUUGUUGAAUGUUGAUGAAGAACUUCGCUGUGGAACGUCUCCUGUCAGAGAUGAGGAGUUAACGUCACUGUUAGGUCUGUGCCCUGUUUCAGACCAAAUUGUUGCGAUUCACCAAAGAAAAACCCGAACCAAUAAGUAGCUACCUGAGGUUGUACGUUAAGAUGGAAAGAGGAUUCCUGUAAAUUUGCUACUUCCGUGACGGGCUCUGUAUGUACGGAAAGAAGUCUUUCUGCUUUCAGUGAGAACCACGGAGCCUACCUCACUGACUCUUCAUGUUAAUCAUGGUGAUGAAACCAAAGAUACCAAAGAUAUUGUUUUCCAUGAAUGGUCUGCACUUGGCUCUUGAUUUAUUUCCUGUUUCUUUCUUUCCAGCUUCCUAAGCACAAGUAUUCCCUUCUCCUGAGCGUAUGUGUGUAAAGGAAAAGGGUAUCAGCUUGUGUAUUUUAUACUAAGAUUUUGUAAUAUAUUUUAUAGCUCUGUGUGUUCCUACUUCCAAUUUGACAGUCGAUAAUACAGAAGACCCCCCUCCCUUCCAAACUCGAACUAAAGACGGCCGGUGCAUUGAUGAGGGUGUGUGUUGGAGUGUUUUCACCGAUGAUAAUACCUGUAGGGUAAGCGUCCCGUACACUGCAGUCAUCUCGAUGCAGUUACGCAAAGAAUGUAUAUUUCCUGGAUUUGCCUGAUUAUCUUUGACCGUAUAUGUUACCGUGUUGGAGUGCCCGUGGGGCUGGCCAGGAAUGAGAAAUUCUUCCCUUUCAGCGCACAGUCGCUAAAAUGAACCAAAGAACACCCCCCCUCCCCCCAUCUACAAAAACAGCUGAUAUUGGUGAGGCAGAGAGUCGGGGUCACAGGGGGAAGAGUAACGGCAGCAUGACAUGUGGGAACCAAACCACCACAGUGAUAAAGGUGGAGGCAUUAAUAUGGCCCAGACCCUAGUAGGAACACUCAGAACUUUGACUCCACGUUGAUACGAGAUGGUGUAGUGGUGAAGUGUGAGAUACCCAUGGGGUGAGUGCCUUGCUUGACCAAAGCGAUGUUUUUUUUUUUUUUUUUAAUCUUUUAAAUUUUUUUUUCCAGUUCCCUUUGGGUUUUCAUUUAAUUAUUAUUAUUUUUUUUACUUCUCUGAAUACCUCAGUUUCUGGCCGGUGGGGGUGUGGGCUGGGCCGUGGUGCUUCUGCAACGCACCUGCAGAAAAGGGCAAACAGACACGGAUCAAAAAUGCUAGCUUCCCUCCGAGUGGUCGCAGAGCUUUCAUUCAAAAACUAUUCGCGCAGACCAUGGUGUUAGUGCAGGCCGUGCAUUUCUUACUGGAGUCUCUCAGAUAUACCUCAUAGGUCAUAGAGUUUAGGUAAUGUUAUCAUAGGAUUACUCACUUUUUUUGGUAACUGUGACUUUAUGAAACAAACUAAAAAGAAGCUUUAUACAUUCUGAGUUGUGCUUUUUGUAAUAGUUGACAAGGUUUUUCAUGGUUUUUUGACCGUUUUCUGUGUUCUGUCCCUUCUGUGUGUGUCUAUGGCGGGAUGUUUUAUUUUAGUUAUUUAUUGUUUAUUUUCUUUGGACUGGGAGAAAUCAGAGAACAAGCCUUCCCUCCCAAGAUUCAUUUCCAUGUGUCUAUCUUGUUCUUCCCUGUUAUGUGUUAAAAUGAAGUAUUCCAAGUAGCAAAUGCCAAACAGUGCUAUAGGCCGAAUGUUGUGCAUGACUAUAUUUAGCAAUGUAAUGCAUUGUGAUUAUUAAGACUUUUUGUUUCCAAAUACCUUGUUCCAUUUCUUUAUUGAUGUCAUUUAGGCAUGUUAGCCUGGUAAAGGAUGUGUCUGUGCUAUGUGUACACGAUCUAACACAGUUAAAUUAGAUUAAACAAAACAAUUAAAGCUUCCCAAGAAACCUUCCGUAGAGAAGGGGAAAAAGAGAAUUAGGAACCUAAAAUGCACGACAACAGCACUUGAAAUGAAAAUUAGUUAAACCAUCGAAAGAUGGUUUUCAAGUUGGGAAUGUUAUGCAGGGAGGCCGUGUCCAGCAAUUCAGAAAAAUUAUUAACAUUAAUAUAAUGUGUGUCCCCAUAGAUGGUGCAUUUAAAUGUGACUGAAAAUCAACACAAUUUAUGACUAAAUACUAAAUUAACAUAAGCAGCCUUUAGCUAGUUAACAUGACUAACGUUCAUUUUCCCUCCCAUCUACUGAACGGUACGGAAGAAAACCGCUGUUCCAUAGACUAUUAAAGGCAGUAUUUUGGCAAUAGUGUUUUCAUAUUUGCCUACUGACAUAUUUUGAUUUAAAAACUGUAAGAUAAUAAAUAGACACCGCAGACUGACUGAUCAUCAUCAAACGUCACCAUACGCUUCAGUAACAAUCGCUAUACUAAUGUUUUCUCAACUAUGCUGCCAGUGCUGUAAUGUACAGGAACCUUCACCCCACUUACCCGACACUCUCAUGUCGCUCCCCUGCCCCUGGCGACCCACUCACCUGACACACUCAUCUGUCUUACGCCUCACAUACAUUCACACAUCUCUCCCGCCUGACAGGACUGCGGUAUGACAUUCUCUCACUGUUUAUAAGCACCAUUUACACUGAACACUCUCCUCUGCAUAGACGUUAGAAUUAUGAGUUUGUCCCCUCUGUUAUUCGGUUGUGUUUCAUUUCCCAUUAUAAUCAAACGAUAGUGUAUAUUCUGAAAUUCAAUACAAAUAAACAGCUUUAAACAAUUUA